AUGAGUGGAGUCUACUUAUCAAGUCUAUUGGAGGGUAACUUCGAUGAAAAUGUGUUCGUGUCAAAGGCGUUUGAAGCCAAUAAUUUGGUUGAAGCCCUCAAAACAGUUUCUGAGAAACUUUCUGAACUAGACGCAUCGAUCUACCAGCAUGUAUCAAAAAACAACAGCGAUUUACUCAGCCAGGCCGUCGAGCUAGAAAACUUUUCGAAUAUUGUUGAAAGUGUAGAAUCGCGUAUCCUCGGUGUUUCCAGCAAUGUCAAAAUGAUCAAACAAAGACUGACUAAGCAGUAUGAACAUCUACUUAGUCAGGUCACACAAAUUCGUCGUCUCGGUCAUAUAUAUGACACCCUACGAAAUAUCCAUCGAAUAUCCUCUACUUCAAAGAAGCUUUUUGAGUCUUCUGAUAACCUGGUUCUGGCUUCUGAAUGCAUAGAGGAGUUAGAUUAUGCAUUUUCUACAGUGGAUUGGAAAGGCAUAGACAUCCUAGAAGAGUACUAUGAAAAUCUUGAAAAGGAAAAAGACAGGGUUGCUAAACAGGUUUGGGAACUUGUUCAGUCUUCACUCGAUGCCUGUGAGCAGAGCCGUUUGGGUGUUGGCUUGCAGGCUUUCGAAAAACUGUCUGUCUUACCGAAGAUCAUCCAAGCUCUUGUUUCUGACUGGCAAGCCGAGAUUGAAGGCGCAGUGAAAUCUGCCGUUGACAUUGAAGACAUCAAUAAAAAGGCAAAAGGCAAAGUCAUCUCAGCACUUACUUCAACAACACCUGGGAAGGCCUCUUUGCCCAGCAAUGGCGGACAAGUAGCUGCAUUUCGAAAUCUUCUUUGGACCAGAUUAGAUCAAAUGGUAAAUCUGAUUGAACGACGUUUAACACAAUCGCGCCUGUUGUGCGUCACCUUGCAAAAAAAACGUCCUUCAACUGGAAUCCCAUCUAGUUCUGCUACCCUUGCCAGUCGUCUUUGUUCUUUCUUAAUGGAAAAGGCUGACGAUCCCCAGGAAAAAGACUGCUGUUCUGCCAUUAUCUUUGUUCUUUCCACGGAGGAACUAAAUAGCGAUGGAGAUUCAGUCAAGACCAAACUGGCAGAUUUAAAGGUAAGGCACGCUCAUUAUUUUUCUGAGUCGUACUAUAAUGGCCUUCUCGGGUGGGUCGCUACUUGUAUGAGCGCCGUCUUUGAACCUGCCUUGAGACGGCGUUCAGGUCAGUUGAAAGAUGUCCUUGAAAGUGAUUACCCACGGAUGCUUAAAUUGUUUCUCAAUCUCAGCGGUCAUCAGCGGCACUUAUCGCGGCCAAUUGAACGUUUUUUGGCUCCUUUUGAGACAGCCUAUCUUGCGCGUUGUCUGACUCGCCUUUUCGAUCGUGUUAAUUCCACUUUUAUCGGUGUUACACCAGUUGAAAGCGUUGGUGGAAACUUGCCCCGAAUCACAGAUAUCGAGCAAGUAGUACAGUCAGCUGCAACAGAAUUGGCUCAUUCCGCCGCCGUGCACCCGGAACUUUUUUGUAAGGUCGCGCGCAAUGUAGCGAAAAUGGUGGCUCUUUUCGCAACAAAGGUAGAAGCACUGAUCGUUACGAGUCCUGAAGCAAGUCAAGUAUCAAUUGAUGGACUUCUCAAUCCUGCACAACAGACGAACUCCCACCUUGUGAAUUUUACGUGUGCCUUUGUUGAUCGUCUAAGAAUGGCUGUUGCUAGACAUACCACCAAUCAGCAGCAAAAAAGGGGGCACGCGAAAGCAGGAGCAGACGAUGCCCAGGCAAUCGUUGAUCACGCAAUCUCCAGCAAGCUCUCCGGAGUAUGUUUGGCCGCGUUGGAACCUCUUCUGACAGGCAUCGCUGACCAUGUAAUUGACCAAAUACUACCUAGGAUGCACAAAGAAGCUCUAGACAAUUUGGAAGAUCCUGCAUAUGUGCAAGAUUUGCAGAUAUUUGUAAAUCGAAUUCGAAGCGUGUAUCUGGCAGGAUUCUCUACGUCGACAUCAACGACAAGUUGUUGCCUGCGGUCUGCUAAUGUGCAGUUGUUCACAUCGGGUGAAGCUGCUGUUCGCUUUGGCCUUCAAAGUCGUGUGUUGCCUCGCUGUCUUGACGCUUUAGCCGUACACUCUAGCUUGUUUCGUCCGUGCACUGGUGAUGUGGAACGCUCGCGUCUGACAACUAGUAACGCGGCUAUUGAAGUGGCGCUUGCUGCUCUCGCACCCCCUUCUACCUUCACCGACGACCCCUUUAUUCGCCUGCGCGCCCUGCGACAACUAUUCUCCACCCCCACCGAUGAAAUUUUGUCGGUAACUAAAACGAUUGAGUUUCAAUCCGAUGCUCGCGGGGCGGUAGGUUUCGUUGGAAGCUCCCUUCCUGGUAGUUUGGCCUUGCAUCAUGUUAUUGCCCGGUCUCCAAACGAGAUACCUCUUCCCCACGAGACGGCAUCUGGGUGGACAUUAGAACGAUAUGUCCGUUGGUGUCAGGCCGUGGCGGAUGAGCCAACACGUCUCGCCUUCAUAAGCAAGUCAUUGGAUGUCUAUGCCGAACAGGUGGAGGCUCGCAAGCAACGUGUGUAUCCACAGCUUUACAUCGUCGUGCGUGAUAUGCUUGAAAGUUGUGCGGCAGAGACGUCAACCGCUUAA